AUACCGAUACUGUCUGCAACCUGACAGUAUCGGUAUGUUCAAAGAUAAAAGCCUAAAAAUAUAGCAUUCAAAAUUAUUUUUCUAAAUACAAAGAUCCGAUUUGUCGUUCAAAACGUGUGUUUUAAAGACGAGUAAAUCAAGCGCUGUAUUGUUGAAAGAGCUGCAUUACAAAAUGUAUUGCAGACAUGUUGAGGGACGUGUUGACGCUGAUAACAGACACCAGCGUACUAAUAUAUAGCUCAUCACUUCCUUAUCUCACUUCCUUGCCACAUCCCUCUCUGUCUUCCUUCCUCUUGCCGUCUACUUCCCCACCGCUGCUGCUCAAACUAGGCAACGACUUUGCCGAUACCCUGUUACACAAUCGAUCCUCUCCCUCGCACUCAUCUGUUCAGGUGAGAGAUGCUCAGUGAUCCCUUCGAGGACUGUCUGAACUGCCAGUGUGUCGGUCAGCACUGUCUGCCGGUGCCCCGGUUUGACUCCAACACACAGAAGCACGCUUCUGAUAGAGGAAGCUCUGACUUGUUCAACACCGUUUCCUGUUGUGUCAGAUGAGUUUGUGCGCUGCACUCCGUGUUUUGUGAGGCAGACGGAUCCGGUUCCCCCCUCUCGCCUCUUGUCACACAGUCGGUCUCAAGUUCCCCUCCUACCUUCACAACCGGACCGUUGACACAGCAGGAGGACGGUGGGAGAGGGAAGAAGAAGAGAAAAAUGGAGCUUCUGUGCCUCGGAGGGAGGUGAAGUGUCUCCCGUCACACUUGAUGGUCGCCGUGCAUCGCCAUGCGUCGUGCGUUCAGUACGUUCCGAGGUUACAGGAGAGCCGGGGAGGACGACGACGAGGUGUUUGUGAGCGGCCCCGGACACAAGACAACAUCACCCACGGUUCAGGGCCGGUCCGACUCGCCGGUCUACACCAACCUCCAGGAGCUGAAGCUCUCGCAGUCCAGCCUGCCGCCUGUACCCUCCAGCUCCCCUCUCCACGUCCUGGGCGACUGGGAGACCCACAAAGACCUGAGCGGUAGGCAUUUCUACUACAACCGAGCCACCGGGGAGCGGACCUGGAAGCCGCCGCGCACCAGGGACGCCAGCGGCAGCACCAGCAGCAUCCGAGGAGACAGCCAGGGCACGGCAGAGAGCGAGGUGAGGAGACGCUUGGAUCAAGUUGAUCCGUUGAAUCGAUAAAGUAGUUCAAAGUAAUUUAAUUGUGAGACUAUUCGACUUCUGUUAAAAAGCUUCUAAUUGGGCAUACGGAAGCCCUGAGAGGCAGGGGAGAUUCAUCUAUCUGGUGAUCCAUGUUUUACGUCUGAUCUUAAUUGUUUUCUCUUCAAAACAGAUGUUUUGCCAG